GACGUCAGCCCCACUUUGGGGCGCGUCUCGGAACAAAACACCCCGGGGGGUCUAGGUGAGGCUCAGUCUGGGUGCGUGGCUUGAUGACACCGUGUUCAGCGUGGUCCCUCCUCCUCCCUGCUGUGAAACACACACAUCGCAGACCUUACAAGUGGGCAAGUUUCACAAGUUGCUUGGAGUUUGAGAGAAGAUCACGAUGGCAGACAACCAGAAGACGGGUCAGAACCUCCAGGCUGGAGCCGGGAUCCUGGCCAAACGGGUCCAGAAGUCCCUGAACCGAGCUCAAGAGAAGGUCCUCCAGAAACUGGGGAAAACGAUGGAGACCAAGGAUGAGCAGUUUGAGCAGUGCUCCCAGAACCUCAGCAAGCAGCAGGCGGACGGUGUCAGGUUAACCAAGGAUGUCCGCGCUUACUUCACAGCUGUGAAAGCAAUACACGAGUCAUCUAAACGUCUCUCCCAGACGCUGAAGGAUGUCUAUGAGUCUGAUUGGAACGGCGGAGAAGACCUCUCUGACAUCAUUGAAAAAGAGGACUUGAUGUGGAACGACUACGAGGAGAAGAUGUCGGAUCAGAUUGUGCGCACUAUGGAGAACUACACCGCGCAAUUCCCCGAGGUCAAGGAACGAGUGGGGAAGCGCGGACGCAAGCUGGUGGAUUACGACUCGGCGCGUCACCACCUGGAGGCGCUGCAGGGAGCCAAGAAGAAGGACGACGGCAAGAUGGCCAAGGCAGAGGACGAGUUCAACAAAGCACAGAACGUUUUUGAGGAACUAAACAAAGAGCUGAGAGAGGAGCUGCCUGUUCUCUAUCAGAGCCGAAUAGGUUGUUACGUAACCGUCUUCCAGAAUAUAUCGAACCUCCGGGAUGUCUUCUAUAAGGAAAUGAGUCUGUUGAACCAUGAGCUGUACAACGUGAUGAAGAAACUGGAGACUCAGUAUUCGGGGAAAGCCUUCAUCAUCAAGGGCCUGAACAGCUCCAGCUCCAAGUCCAAGAAGAGGAAGUCCAUCGUCAUCUCCAACCCCAUCCCCUGCAACACGGCCUUCCCCAGCGACCACGUCUCCCAGCGCCCCACCGGACCGGAUGCCCCGGCCCCCGACACACACACACCCUCGCAGGAGCCCCUCAACUGGGACAACGCUGCCGGCUCCGCCUCCAAAGACCCCCCCUCCUCCUCCUCCUCCGUGUCCGAGCUGGACGACCUCGGCUCCGAGUGCUCGGACACGCCCAAGCGCCAGUCGGCGUGCGACGGGGAGAGUGGCUCGGAGAGGCGGAGCCCGGACCGCACGGCGGCAGAGGCGGAUCUGCCGGAACUCGGCUCCAGCCAAUCGGAUGACUCCGGGGUGGGUGGACCCACGCCAGAGGGGGCGGGGCAGGAUGUGGCCCCUCCCGUCCCGCCUGUGAGAGAAGCCAAGGCCAAGGCCCCCCCCGUUCCUACUCCACGCACCUCCUUUGGGGCCGCAGAUCGACGGUCAGACUCCCGCGGCAAGGCAGGGGCAGAGGCAGAGAAGCAAGAGGUUGAGGCAGAGAAGCAAGAGGUUGAGGCAGAGAAGCAAGAGGUUGAGAAGCAGGAGGUGGAGGCUGAGAAGGUGGAGGCAGAAAAGCAAGAGGUGGAGGCUGAGAAGCAAGAGGUGGAGGCUGAGAAGCAAGAGGUGGAGGCAGAGAAGGUGGAGGCAGAGAAGGUGGAGGCAGCGAAGGAAGAGGUAGAGGCAGCGAAGCAAGAGGUGGAGGCUGAGAAGCAAGAGGUGGAGGCUGAGAAGCAAGAGGUGGAGGCAGAGAAGGUGGAGGCAGAGAAGGUGGAGGCAGCGAAGGAAGAGGUAGAGGCAGCGAAGGAAGAGAUGGAGGCAGAGGCAGCGAAGGAAGAGAUGGAGGCAGAGGCAGCGAAGGAAGAGGUGGAGGCAGAGGCAGCGAAGGAAGAGGUGGAGGCAGAGGCAGCGAAGGAAGAGGUGGAGGCAGGGAAGGAAGAGGUGGAGGCAGAGGCAGCGAAGGAAGAGGUGGAGGCAGAGAAGGCAGAGGCAGGGAAGGAAGAGUUGGAGGCAAAGAAGGAAAUAUCAGAAAAGGACUCCCCCCAGCCCUCAGACUCCCUGUGCAAGGGGGGGGCAGCAGCGAGUCAGUUGAGUUCAGGAGGAGAAGGCGUGCUUGCGCAGCCGCAGGAGGACGUGGCCGGGCCAACCGCCGACGUUCCAGAUGUACUUUGAAGGCGUGCUUAAGGAGGUCAGAGAGCUGGAUGCAGGGACGUAGCGGCCCACUCUGGGGUCUGUCAGAGGAGUUUGUUGGCCAAGGCUCUCGAUGAGGCAACACAACGACCCUGUCCUCCUCCCAUGGAGCACUGGGAUUCACACGUAAACAGGGCAGAGUGGAGCCACAUGUUUGGACCAGAGAGGAACACGUCCCUCAUGGGCUCCUCCCAUGCUCAGCCGCUGAUGCUGGUGUCUCAUUUCAGAAGAUUCUUUCUAUAUUUGCUUACGGUCUUAAACAUGAACAAAUGUUUUGUGUGUGUGUGUCGAUGCAGUAUUUCUUUUUCAACCUUAAUGCUGUGAAUGUAAGUAAGCUGUUUUUAUACUCCAGAUGUCUUUUCUUAACGUUUCUUAAUAAAGUAAAGCCCAAUUAGGCUGGGAAAACAAUGUUUAUCACCUUA